AUGGGGAACACGUUCGGCUUUAUGAAGCCUCAAUCUAGAGGCGGAUUCCAGUUUAUGGUGUUGGAUUCCUGCAAGGCUGAAGGCAUAGAUCUCAAUGAAACUUGCGGCCUUCACUUUGGUCCCAACCAUCAGCUCCUAUCUAUUGGAAAUAUUACGAAGGGGGAAAUGACUCCGCGACCAGGCAUCGCAGGUCAGGGUAUAUGGCUAGGCAUGCUCUCUCUUUUUGCUGUCAUCGUGGUCGCCUUCGUUUUUGUGGCUAUUGAGAUCGUCUCGCGAUUCGAGUUGAGCCGCAAGCUGGCAUCUAACGGCAGGGUGCUCAAAUUCGUCUACUACUUCAAAGACCCGCCGGAUGAAGAUGUUGAUGACCCGGAACGGAAGAUACGAUAUAGAGCCCGAAUCAGGGCAGGUAUACGAGGCUACGUGCUUGGAGCGUCAGAUGCCCAGACCAUUCUGGUUGCUGCGUUCAUCCUUAGCUUUGCCGCCCAAGAGAAAUGCCAGCUGACGUCCUACCAUUUCACCGUUGCUGCCGACAUGAUGACGAUCUCCUUAUCAGUACUAGUCUUUUCGGUAGCACUGGUACGAACUUAUUGGAGAAACCCGUGGGCGGCAACUUUCCGGGUCCUGUUGUCUAUCGGAGCCUUCAUUGGCGUCGGUCUGACCAUAUUCGGAGAGAACAACUACUCCCCAGAAUGGCCUCCACCCCAAAAUCGACAUGACAGUGCAAUCUUGCUUCCGGUAGCUUGCUUGUUAGAGACUGAUUUGUGGUCGCGAACCAAGAAGCAGGCGGAGGAUCACCAGGCCGAUCUUGGGUUCCAGAACUCACCGUCACGGUGGCCGACUGAGAGAUUCUUCUACAUUGUCUUAGUCUUCGCGUUCUUGAUAGCACACGCCUCGAUAGGCGUUCGCAGAUGGGAGGGCAGGCACGGAGAAGGCAAUCCUGGCCCGCGACUCUGGACAAACGCCCGGGGAUGGUUCACUACCAUAUAUUGGCUCGUUGUGCUACUCAUCCCGACUGUGGCGUCAGUGUGGGUCUGGAACAAAGUUCGUAUUGCUCGAGUAUGGGUCAAAGACUCUGGUUGGAUUGAGGAUCCCAAUCCAGAGUUCAAUUUGUGGGAUUCCGGACAGCUGAUUCCCUUGGGGGCGUUUAUACUCAUCCUGAUGACGAUGUUGACUGAGCUGAAAAGUAGGAAGGGCGAAGCUGACAAUAGAAAAAACGGACAUGUAUGGGCAAGGAUAUCUGAGAGGGACGGCGGAUUGGAGUUGGGAAGAAUGCCAGGAGCUCGGUCUGAAAGACAUCCAACCGUUCCUGUGCCUUUGUCAGCUUUGGGAUAUUGA